AUGGAGGAUAAAGUUGAAUAUCCUCCAAACUGUUUACCAAUAGCAAGUACAAGUGGGAACAGUGAACUCGUGAAAAGGCUGAGGAUUCUGUCAGAGGCCCUACAAGUGUCAGAUACCAACGAUGAAUGCGGUCGCCCUGACCGAUACCGCGGCUUGAUCUCUCAUCUUUCCAAUACUCGCUUUCUUGCAAACAACAGCAAAGAUGUGCAGAUUUGGUUGGCGUGCUGUCUAGCGGACAUUCUUCGCGUUUUUGCUCCCAAUGUUCCUCUUGGAGAUCCUACACAAUUGAAGGAGGUGCUACUCUUCAUAGUCAAAACUCUGAAAGGGUUGGAAUCGCCGUCUAAUCCUUUAUUUCGCCGCUACUUCUACUUGCUCGAGAACCUCAACGUAGUCAGCACGUUAGUGUUGUGUCUGGAGCUACCUCAUGACGAAUCCAGUCAAGUGAUUCGUUUGCUUCUCAAAACUGCUAUGGAAAUUGCUAACGGGAGAGACUGGAAGGGGGAAGUCCGUGAAACGUUGGAUGAUAACGCUUCUACUGAUGAUGAUGGAGAAGACAAGAGCGAAAGUCGAGACAAGGUUAUCGCUCUUCUAAUAGGAAUUAUCUCAAAGUUGCUGAGGGAUGUGGAUCAGGUCUCUACGGAAGUACUAGAUGUGUUGUUUUUCUAUCUUAUUAACCCGCAAAAGCUCAACAAUCGUGAAUCGUACAAUAUGGCUCGACAAAUCAUACAAGUCUCGCAAACCUCUCUUGAGGCGGCUAUACAGUCUUUACUAACGCAGUCGAUACUUGCUGGAGGCCUUCCGAGGGAAUGCGAUAUGGUAGGAAGUACUCUAAAAAAGCUUUACGACGUUAUAUUGGAACUGCAUGGAAUUGCUCCAGAACUUAUGGCUCCUGUAUUGCCUCCAAUAUCUUCAGCAUUACGUGCAGAGGAUGAUCAACAGCGUUUGCUGGCCACGAAGCUCGUCGUGAUCACUCUCGGCGAGACCGCCGCCGCUGUUGCAGCUGCAUGCGCAUCUUUAGACGACUACGGUCAUAUUCUCAAAAGAAUAGUGGCAUCCCAGAAGUACAAGAAGGCAGAGGAUGAUCAACAGCGUUUGCUGGCCACGAAGCUCGUCGGUAAAUUGGUAUCUAAUGCAAAAACUCGGUUUUAUGAUGAUCAUCCGAAACUCUGGAAAAUCUACAUGGACAGAUUCAAGGAUACCUCCACUGAAGUGCGAGAAACCUGUGCUAAAGAUUCGCACGAAAUUCUCCUUCGACAUAGCCAGCUAAGAGGGCAGAUCUCUGCUGCACUCAGUAGCCUUACUCGUGAUCUCGAUGAUUCCGUCCGCCAUACAGCAGUGCUUUGCAUCAUAGAAACUGCAAAAAAGAAACUCGAAGCGGUCAACGAAUCACUUAUUAUUGCUUGCUGCGACCGAAUGAAGGAUAAGAAGCCGAAGAUCCGUCAAGAUGUUAUUGCUAAGCUGUUACAUUUGUACUCCAAAGUGGUUAUGGGUGAUGAAUACACUACGUCGGAAAUUGCGGCGGUUGCAAUUAUUCCUAAGAGGGCACUAGCGCUGUAUAUGUUGGCAAGCAUGACUGAAGAGAAGCUAAUGAUAGAGCGCUACUUUUCGUCGUAUAUUAUUCCGUACAAAAUGGAAAUGACAAAAAGAGUGAGAUCCAUGAUUGAUCUGUUCGAGAAGUUGGACGAAGUUUUUGCCGAAAUUGUCACACGAUCGUCGGGGCACCGUCGGAUACUGCGCGAAAUGCUUGACAUUAUUUCACGGCAAACAGCAUCAGAUGAUAAGGCUCAGUUGCAGUCUAAGAUUCAACGGAUCAGCAGCACCCAUCAUGACCAAGCAGGG